CCUUCACACCUACAACCAUAUAUACAUAUAUGUAAAUCUGUGUAUAUACACACAUGAUGUUUAACCCAAAGUCACAUAACCGGAUAUAAACGUGCGUACAACCGGCGUUAUUAGCCGAACGGAUGUACACUUCAGGAAGUGUGUCUUUUUGAAAGAUGCAAAAUAUGUUCGGUUUGUAUUGUGUUAAGUAAACCUGUUAGUAAACAGUGUUUCAAUAAACAGAGUAAAAAAGUAAAAAAAAUUAUAAAAAAAUAUUUCGUAUAAAUUAUAAUUCCCCUUUUGUGUAUCGCAUGCAAUUUUUUAAGCGCACAUAAAAAGUGCGACCCCUAAACUAUUGUUUGAGCAUAAAAGUUUGCAUUAGACGCCACGUGUUGCUUAACUUGUGUGUGAAAUAAAUUUUUUUAAGUAAUUUGGUUUAAGUUUAAGCGUGACUGAUUUACCUCGGCUGUCGUUUAUAAAGCGAAGAUCUUAACCGGCAGAAAACUGAUAAUCACUAACAACGGUAAAAUAUUUAGCAGAUCCACGGAAUUUAGUGCAAAACCCCCCUUACCCCACUCCAUCGCCAUCAGAUUAGACGCCAAGAUACUUAAACGGAUAUGGAAGUGCGGGGGAAAUGUGUGUGGCAGACUAAUAAAGAACCACGAAAGCAGCAGCAGAAACAACAAGCUAAUCAGACACAUACGAACUUACAACAAGUUUUUUCAAAACAACAGCAACAACAAGCCCAACGGAAAUGCCACCAAAAGGAAAACGAAAGAACAAACCACCUAAGACUACAACAACACGAAUAUUACAAAUAUGAAAGAGAAGUUGUGAAUAAACAACAGAAGGCGCAUGAAGGCGCUGAACGUACGCAACAGUCCUUGCCACAGAAGACCCCACUGGUACCCGAAAUAUUGGCCAUUCACCAUCAUCAUCGAUGGCCAAUGCCUCCAACGCUAGUACUUACAGCCACACCAUUACCAGCGCACACGUCGCCAAAGCUUUCACGCACAUCAGCAACAAAUCGAAACGUGAUCUACGAAACUGUGCACCUCACAGCCACCGUGCGAGCUCUUAGCACGCUGAUCGCGGCUGUGACGAAAGCAAAAACUCUCGUUUCAAGUUAUUGUAGGAAACGUUAUUCCUGGCUCUGGUUGUUAUUGUUACUCAGCAUUUCAACACAAUUCACAUCAACAACAACAACAGCGUCUGUAACAGGCACAGUUGCAACUGUAACCGGCGUACUCAUUGCGCCAAAAUUACUGCCACAUGGGAUUUACAGCACCGCCACCGCCGCCACCACCGUGGCACUACUGUGCCAAGCAACCGCUACACACGCCGCCAUUUUGUCUGCAAGCGCCACGACUUUUGUGCCACGGAAAGCGCAUUACGAAUUUCCCGCUACGAAUAUGGAAGUUGAUGAAGCAGAGGAUGUCGAGGGCGAUGCCGAUGCCGAUACACUUGUACAGGUGCAGGUAAAACGCAUUAACUUGUUGGAUAACGAUGAUGAGGCGGACGUUCAAGCACACCCAUCUCCUGCAUUAGAGGUACUUGAAGAGGAGGAGCAAGAUGUAUUAUACGAUGAAGACCAACAGCUGACACAACGCGCUGUCGGUCGGAAGUUAAAUAGUAAUGAACAACAGUUGCUCAUGUUCUAUAGACGCGUACAACAUGCCACCGAGCAACAGACGCUCGAAAAACAGCAACAUGAACAUCAACACACAACAGCGCAUCGUCAUUACCAGCGCGCCAAUGUGGAGAAACCAGCGGCUUCCUUACUUACCGCAUCAAAAAUAAAUUACGCUGAUGGCGUGCCAACAGACGCCGAUAAGAUUCCAACCAACGUCGAUGGUGACGUAUUGGCGACACAAGAUCUACAAAAACAUGUCACUAAACGGAGUGCAACGACCAAGUUGGCAUCGACAACGGUAUUGCCACCCACUAGUGAGGCAACUGCAAGCCCUGUCAAGGCGAGUAACGUUACCACUGGCAAUACUACAACAGUGACGAACAGCACUGAAGAGGAGAAAUGUGAGCCGAAGGUGUUAGAUGAGGUGCCACCAGAACCGUUCUUCGAUUUCUCCGACAUUGCCGAAGAUGCGGCACGCCAAUUCACUGAAUUUAUUACGAAUAAAUUUGGCAGCUCCGGUCCACCAACACAGCAAGCAAUCACCGCGGACAUACGCGAAGAGUUGCAACGUCGUGCCAAUAGUAUUGCCAGCUAUGCACUAAAUGAAGAUGAGAAUCUGUUGGCUUUUGCAAUUGCAGCGCCUAGCAUACAAACGGUUGUGGUCAAGUUCAGGGAUGAUGUAACGAUACCACCGGAUCAGGUACACAGUAAAGCGUUUCUUGGUUCCUAUUGGCGUGAAUUGAGUGUAGCGUGGAAUAGCACCGAGGGCACACAAGAAUGGGGUGCACCGUUCAGGGAUUGCAGUGUCUUGAAAGGACGUUGGUUGUGGCCGUUUCGUAUUACAUUUACUGAAAAUAAAAUUAAAAUCGGUGCUGCUGCAUUUAUAGCUGCUGAUGAAGAUGUAUGUAAUGAUGGACUGGAGGAGGUUUUCGGCCGAAAGCAUGGCUGCGAUCGCAACACUACAUUUUGUUUGUUAACUGAAAAUAAACCCGCGGCAACACGCGAUGUCUACACGUGCAUCUGUCGUGAGUCCUUUUAUUUACCCAACUCAACGCUGCAAGGUUUUCGCGGCGAUAUUGUUGAAGCAUCUGAUGGUUAUGGCAAUUAUUCUUGCAUACCCUGUCCCGAUGGCUGUACCUCGUGUGAUCAACACGGCGUUUGCUUGUUGGGUGAACCAAGCGAGGUGAUGUCAAUGGAGAGUCUAUUAAAUGUGUCUGUAGGCUCCGUGCUGGGCGCUUGUAUACUCUGCUGUGUGGUGCUGAGCGUGAUAGUGUUUCGGCAGAGAAAGUGUAAGGCUAUUGCUUCAGGCAUGUGGACCGUACUGGAGACAAUUUUAUCAGGAAUCAUAUUACUUUAUGCAUCGGUUGCCGUCCAUUUCUUUCCCGCCACCACCGAACGCUGUCUAGUUGAACCAUGGUUGCGCGAACUUGGCUUCAUCACAUGCUACGGUGCCAUCAUAUUGAAACUCUAUCGUCACUUAGUCGAUUUUCGUACUCGCAAAGCACAUCGCUGGGUAUUGCGCGACAUCGAUUUGCUCAAAUACUUGGGCACCAUGGUAUUUGCGGUCACCUGCUAUAUGGCCGCCUUCACUGCCGCCGCGCUGGAUUUGAUCGAUGUGUCACAGUUGGGUACGUUGCGUGAGCAACGUACGAACACUUGUCUACCACUCAAAUGGGAGUAUGUGACACAGGUUAGCGAAGUGUUGAUAUUGUGUUUUGGCUUGCAUUUAGCUUUCGCCAGUCGCAAUGCGAAUACACAAUUUAGGGAGCGCCAGUUUCUCGUCGCGACAUUGGCCAUUGAAUUUCUAAUGUCGACCACAUUUUAUGUGCUUCGCUUCUUCUACUUACCCGAAAUGAGUCCGAGCGCUAUAUUUUUGGCGCUUUUCCUACGCUCACAAUUGACCAACACAAUGGCGUUGGGUUUGAUAUUUGUGCCAAAAUUGUGGUAUCAACAUAAGCAGGUCAACGAUCCGCAACGCCUGGGCGGUGGUUAUGCUGGUCUAUGUUUGGGUGAUCCCGAUAUUGGUGAACUAACCAUUGCCGAAAUGAGCCCAGAGGAUAUACGUGCCGAACUCAAAAGACUGUAUACACAACUUGAAAUUUUAAAAAAUAAAACCCUACGUCAAGACAAUCCGCAUAUAAGUAAACGACGUGGCGGACGAAAGGCUGGCCAUCGUCGCUUCUCGUUGCAAAAGAAAGGAAGCAAAGAUAAGGCUCUAAGUGCCAAACAUCGUAGCAACAAACAUCAUCAGGAUAUAGAAAUUACCGAAGCCGAGCCAUCGCGUACGCCCGAAGACUCUGUGUGCAGCGUGGAGGGCCCAACAGAUGCCGAAAUAUCAGGCAUUUCUCACUCGAUGCUCUCACAUUCGGCCAUUUCACAUUCCAUUGUCUCGCAUUCAAAGUGAAAUACAAAAAAGUGGACGACAUGGGUGUGAAGAAAAUGAGCGCAUAGAAAGGAAAAUAUGGGAAAAAAAUAUAUAUAUAUAUAUUCGUAAAUAAAAUCAAAUUUCAUAAAGUGUUUGGAACAAGGCGAAAAAGUUGUGCGGAAAAAUAUCCAAUAAAGAAAGCAGUGGAUGUUGAUUUUCAAAAUAUAAAGCCAAGAAACCAAGUUUGUUUGAAUUUUCAAAAAGAAAAAAAGAGAUAAAAGAUGUUGUUGAAAAUAUGAUCAAAUUGACGUAUAAAUUAUGUAAAUACAUAUGUGUGUAUAUCCUUUGCUUAAGCUGAUAAGCAUGUUUAAUACAAAAAAGUAAGUGUGUGCAUAAUUAAGUGAAUUCUACUGUAUUUGUGUAAGAGUAGAAAGUCUUCUCUAAUUUCAACUUAACUUCAAGCGAAAGCGCGUUAAUAUUUUACUAAGUGAUUUUUUACAAAUUUUAUACAUUUUAUAUAAGCCAAAAAAUAACUUCUAUUUAAAAUUGUUUACGUUUAUUAAUUUUUAAAAGGGGAAAAAUAUGCAUAGGCAAUAGAUUACUGGUCUAAACAACCAUAUAGCAAAAUGUCUAGUUCUCACUCAAGUAAUUACAGUGUGACUCUUAGCGCUUUAAAAAGUUGAUUUCAAGAGCUUUAAGAGCUUUUAGGAGCCUUUCUCUUUUAAAGAUUCGAUUUCAGUAAAUAUUUGAGGAAGUAAGUAUCGUUCGAUAAAAUCCUGGGUAGAGGUGCCCGCGAACUUGUCAACGCAGAGUUGUUUAACAUUUGCAACUAUUAUUGGGUAUCCAAAACCAUUGUUAGUGCAAAAUAUUAUUAUUUAAAACACUUCUUCUUGUAGUUAGAACGCGAAUGUCACAAAAAAAAUACUAUGACAACUUUUGGGUAGCCUCAGAAAGCUUUCGAGAGCUUUUAAGCGUUUUAGACAGUCUAAGGUAAGUUCGCAGAAGUAAUUCAUUUAGCAAGUUUUUUGAGGAUUUUAACAAAGAGUUUCAUUAAGCUACCGAGAGCUUUUAUGAGCUUUUGUCCGUUAAUGGAGUAUUUUGUUUGUAUGAAUAUUCAUUUCAUACAGAAUAUCUUUGACCCUGUUUAUGGCCCAACCGAACUUAAACUAUUUAAACAUAAUCAAAAGACUAUCAGGAGAACAACUGAGGUUAAUUUCUCUAGUUGUUAGAAUUUCACUGAUAUACUUUUAUACGUUUAAUUCAAUUUAAGAAUAGUUUUUGCAAUAUUUCCCAUUAAAUUCUUAACAAGCUUUCAAGCACAGUGAACUUUUAGAAGUGUGCAAAUGGUUAUCGUGUAAAAAAAGAAACAGGUCCUUUUUUUGUGAGCUUGAGUUUUAACAUUUCAGCUUAAGCAAGUGUUCCAUUUGCGUUAUUUCGUAUGUUCAUCUGGCAAAUAUCUUAUACAAUUUCAAGUAUCUCUGGUGAGCUUUCAAGCUUUCAAGCACAAUGAGAUUUUCUAAAGAUAACAAACUUUCAGUUACAUAGAGACUUUGAGGAGAUGGGCAAUAUUUAAAAUUCUUUAUUGAAUAAAUUUUUUUAGCGAUUUUAAAAGUAAUCUCAAGAGAUCUUUAUAAGUGCUUUUACGAGCUUUUGAGCUUUAGAGGUUCAAUUGUUAUAAAGAUAGUCUUUUGGCAAAUAUAUUAGAGCCUAGAAAUCUACCGUGCUUUCAAGCACAUUGAGAUUACAAAAAGCUUUCAGCUGCACAGCAGCAAGGAUGACAAAGCCUCUAUCCUACAUUUUCAGCGAUUUUAAAGCUUUCAAGAGCUUUUAUGAGCUUUUAAUUUUUAGUUGUUCGGUUGUUAAAACAACUUUGUUUCUGCUUGUUAGACCACUCUGCAGAGCCUAAAAAUAUGGCGUGCUUUUAAGCUUUUAAGCUUUUCUUUCAAAAUCAUUAAAAUCUACACCAGAGUUUAUUAUAUU